GGCGCCAAGCAGACCAGCGCCUGAACCCCCCACCUUGAUUGCUGUAAGGUAGGGCGGGGGGCUAUUGUUAUCCUUGUCUUUCUCUAUCUAUCUAUCUGCCGCGGUAGCAUCGGUCCAGGAUAUGAACCUGUUCCUACGGAGGGCGUGUCCCGUGCGGCUGAGACAUGGCUUUCCUAUAUAUUCGCCCUGUACAACCCACUGCUGCAAGGCUGACAUCCUCAGUACAACUCGACAAACCUUAGCAGUGACCUAAAAGCGCCGCAAGCCGUUGGUGAAUUCGGGCUUGUCGUGCUUGAUCCCUCUUUCCUAUUCUCCGGCUGGCCAAAUAUUAGGCUUUUUCGUGGGCCAGGACGAAUGAAGGUGCCACCCCGCCUAACAUAUUCAUUAUGGAACGGAGACGGUCAUCAGAUGGCGCCCCCGCAAAAACAUCGGCAUAUUCCAACAUCGAUCCUGUCCCGGUCACCUCGGUUCUGCCAAAUGGCGACGUCCCGUACACCGACCACACUAUGGAUGCGGAUGAGAGGGUGAUCACGGCAUUGGGGUACAAGCAGGAGUUCAAGCGCGAGUUCUCGUUAUGGACAACGUUCUGCGUCAGUUUUGCGGUUCUGGGCCUGUUGCCCUCGUUCGCCAGUACUAUAUACUAUGGAAUGGGCUAUGCCGGCACAGCGGGUAUGGUCUGGGGCUGGAUCAUUGCCAUGCUUUUCAUCCAAUGUGUUGCGAUGUCUAUGGCUGAGCUAUGCUCUGCCAUGCCCACCAGCGGCGGGCUCUACUAUGCAGCAGCAGUACUCGCGCCUCCAAAGUACGGCCCAUUCGCGGCGUGGAUCACAGGCUGGUCCAACUGGAUAGGUCAGAUUACCGCAGCCCCGUCCGUGGACUAUUCCCUGGCUGCCAUGAUCCUAGCCGCCGGCUCCGUCGCAAAUCCGGGCUACGUGCCCACGACCUGGCAGACCUUUCUCCUGACCACACUGAUCAUGAUCAUCCAUGCCGUAGUCAGCAGCAUGCCAACCAAAUGGGUUGCCCAGUUCAACUCGUACGGGUCAACCUUCAACAUGCUAGCUCUGAUCGCCGUCAUCAUCGCCAUUCCGGCGGGCACCAAAAACGUGCCCAAGUUUCAGCCGUCCAAGGAGGUCUGGGGGACCAUUACCAAUCUGACCGAUUUCCCGGAUGGAGUGGCCGUGCUCAUGACUUUUGUCGGCGUCAUCUGGACCAUGUCGGGGUACGACUCUCCAUUCCACCUGAGUGAAGAAUGCUCCAACGCAAACAUUGCUUCGCCGCGCGCGAUUGUCAUGACGUCCGGGGUUGGCGGUCUGAUGGGCUGGUUCUUGCAGCUGGUUGUCGCUUACACUGUGCUGGACAUCGAGGCAGUGAUUGACUCUGACCUUGGCCAGCCCUGGGCAUCCUAUUUGCUGCAGGUGAUGCCGCAGAAUACAGCGAUGGCUAUCCUUGCCCUGACAAUCAUCUGUGGGUUUUCCAUGGGCCAGGGCUGCAUGGUUGCCGCAUCCCGAGUGACUUACGCUUAUGCCCGAGACGACUGCUUUCCCUGGUCCCGGUACUGGAAGAAGGUCGACCCUCGCACUCACACGCCCGUGAAUGCCGUGGUCAUGAACGCCGUCCUCGGGAUUCUUAUGUGUCUCCUGAUCUUGGCGGGCGACGUGGCGAUUGGGGCGCUGUUCUCCAUCGGGGCCAUUGCCCAGUUCGUUGCCUUCUCGAUUCCCAUUACGAUCCGGGUUUUCUUCGUGGGAAACCGCUUUCGUCGCGGGCCAUGGCAUUUGGGACCCUUCGGGCGCGUCAUCGGAGGAUUCGGGGUGUCGUUUGUACUGCUGAUGGUUCCGAUUCUCUGUCUGCCCAGCGUGACCGGGGGCAAUCUGACGCCGGAGCUGAUGAAUUGGACGUGCCUCGUGUAUGGCGCACCGAUGCUGGCAGUCAGUGUCUGGUGGGUGGUGGAUGCGCACAAGUGGUUCACGGGGCCCAAGGUUAAUGUGGAGCAUGCCAUUCACCCCGUGGAGGAGGAUGGAUCCGCCAUCGUUAAUGUGGGGGUCGAGGUUGAGGAUCCUGACGGUGGAGAUCAACCGAGUCCGACGCAAGGGUCGAGUAAGUCGCCUAAGAAGUAGGAGUGGGGAUGGUCUGGUUGGGUUUCUUUGAAAGUGUGUUGUUCGCCGCUACAAUGUCUCUACAUUCACCUCCACAUUCUUAUACCUGACAGUUUGAUGCCGAGUCUAUCCAAUUGUAUUUGCCAGGGUGCAUCCUACUUCUCAAU